CUUCCCAUUAUCUAUCCAUUUUUUUUUUCUUCUCUCUUUUCCCUUGUUCUUUCUCUCGUUCAAUAAUAAUUACGUAUUAUAGACUUUUUUUUUUAUUACCGAAAUAGAUAGUCAUGGACGGAAAAGAUUCAUCUAAAAUAUCUUCUCCACGGGUUUCUCGUUUUGUGCCUUUAAAGUUGGAAGAAAUGGCCAGUAGUAGAAGAGGUUCUUUCUCAUCAAGUAAACCCAAUGACAUUAUACAACAUAGUUUGCCUUCGAGUCAAGUUACAAAUGUAGAACAAACCUCAGUCUUGACUCAAAAUACUCACUCUUCAACAUCAACACCCAUUCAACAACAACAAGAUCCCAGAAGAUUAUUAGCCGUAGUGGAAAAUUUGGUUAGAAAUCGUAGUGGAAGUGUUCUUACCAGACAAACUAUUUUGAAGGCUGAUCAUUUUAGACAAGCAACCAAUACCAAACUGGAAUUCUUCUUAUCCGGAGCACCUAAUUUUAGAGCUGCUGAACUGAAUGUUUAUGGUGUAGCCCAACCCACAGUGAUUGGAUUAUCAAGUAUUUUGGCACUACUCAAUUGUCAUCCUAAAAGUUUACAUCAACAAACAUGUACAUGGUUUUUGACUCGUGAAGAACCAAUAGUCUAUUUGAAUGGUUACCCUUAUUGUCUACGUGAAUAUGCUGAUCCAAUGCAAAAUAUGGGUUCUUUCUCUGGAAUCAAUGCUAGUCGACUGGAAAUGGUAGAAGAAAGGCUUAGAGCUGAUGUUGUCAAGGAAGCAAAUGCAAUGGGUGGAUUGUUACUUGUGCAUCAAGAAAUGGAUGAUGGAACGGUGGUACCUUGUUUUAUUGCAGCUGAUCGAGUAGAGACGCCAAAGGAAGUAUUCCUUUACUUCAAAAAUGAUGGUUAUCGACUCAAUUACUUUCGUAUUCCUAUUUCACCCAUGCAAGCACCUGAAGAUAAUUAUUUUGAUGAAUAUGUACGAGUGAUCAAGACAUUGGAACCUUCAGAUCCCUUGAUCUUCAAUUGUGGAAUGGGAGGUGUACGAACAACGGUGGGGACAAUAUUGGCCCAAAUCAUCAGACGAACUCAACUUUUGGAACGUGGUCUUGCUGAUCCUUAUCCUGUUCCUGGUUAUUUUUAUACUUCAGAUCAAGUUUCUCCGUCUCUUGGACCAGAAUUCAUUAAAGGAUUACAUGAAGCUGAUAUCCGGAAUACUCAAAAUGGAGUAUUAUUACGAUUAAUCUAUGUAUUGGAAAAAGGUUUAGGAUCGAAAGCCAACUCGAAAUCUGUGAUUGAAUGGGCUUUUGGAAAAGGACAAGCUAUUGAAACCCUCAAGGAAGCCAUUAUGGGGAAUUACUAUUCUGUAGCAUCAUUGGUAUCUGUAUUAGAACAUGGAUCCUAUUGCAAACGUUUAUUGGAUGAAGUUAUAGAUCAAUCUGAUGCUGUGGUCAACAUUCGAGAUGAUAUUCUUCUUAAUCGCAUCAAACAAACAACUCAAGGAUCAAGUGAUUAUAGAAAGGAAGCUUCAUUUCUCUCCAAAGCAUUGAUGGGGCUUCAACGGUACAUGGCACUCUUAUGUUUCACUUCUUACAUUAAUGAUUCACCAAAUACACAAUUUGACACAAGAUUCUCCUCAUGGUUUAAGGCUCGUACUGAAGUCUGGCGUAUGGUUCAAAAUAUGCGGGUGAAAGGACCACAACUUUACUUUUUCCGCCCCGUGGAUGAUCUCAGUAGUAUGGGAAACAUAGAAACGCAAAAACUUGGUUCUCUUGGACAUCAUCGUCCUGCUGGUAUGUUUGAAAUGAUUGGUGCUGGUGCUCAAUCUGGAUCCAUGGCAUUAGAAGCAGAAGAAUUUAUCUUGAAGUCGCGUACUGGUGUGGUUCUUACAUCUCAAACGAUAUUAAAAAUUGAUUUCUGGCGUCAAGAUCUAUUGAACAAAACCACAAGAUCUACACCAACCACCAUUUAUCAAGAAGACAGCUUAUUGGAAAGUAGUGACAAGGAGAAACAUGAUGAUGUGGUGGGCCAAAUGCAUCAUACUUUUUACAUUGAAGGUGCUUCCAAUUUUCGACGGAUCGACAAUACUCAUAUUUAUGGCGUGGCACAACCAACCGUGGAUGGAUUGCGGUCUGUUCUUCGACGUCUUUUCAACAAUCGGACGCAUCACAAUGACAGUAUACUUUGGAUCAAUUUGCGUGAAGAACCCAUCAUUUAUAUCAAUGGUAUUCCUUACGUUCUUCGUGAUCGUUAUUUUACUCUUCGCAACAUCCGUGCCUAUAAAGGAAUCACAGGUGCAAGGUUGGAACAAUUAGAAGAACGACUGAAAGAAGAUGUCAUCAAAGAAAUACACCAUUCAAAUGGUCGCAUCCUUUUACAUGGUGAAGAUCAAGACGGCAAUGUCAUCACUGCUUGGGAAGAUGUCAAUGAAGAUGAUGUGAUGACGGUACGGGAGGUGAUGGAAACAGUGGCGUCCGAUAUGAACAUUCAAACCAACAAACAACAUAAAAUGAAAGAUGACUAUUUAUUGGAUUAUCAUCGAUUACCUGUUACUGCUGAAAAGGCACCAGAUUGGGUGGAUUUUGAUGAAAUGCGGCUCCUGAUUGCUAAUCAUUGUCAAACAAAUUCAUCUGCCAUUGUUUUGAAUUGUCAGGUGGGUAUUGGACGAUCUACUAUGGGAACAGUGAUGGCCACUCUUAUUAAUCGAUGGAUGUACAAUGCAAAUGAUAUGAUAACACCUACUAUUCAACCACGGCUUAACUAUCAGAUCAUCAACAGUCUUUUACGUGUGAUCAAGAAUGGACUAGAAAACAAAAGUGUUGUGGACAAUGUGAUUGAUCAAUGUGGGGCAGUGCUCAACUUGCGGGAUAUGAUAGAAUCCGUCCAUAUUCGGGCAGAAGAGACGACAGAUGACGAUGACCAACGACGUAGGAUCCUCAAGACGGGGAUGGUGGCAUUAGAGAGAUACUUUUUAUUGAUUUGUUUUCAAGCUUAUCUCGACAAUACAUCACCUGAUACUUUGAACGACACGGAAUCCUUUUUGGCAUGGAGUAAGCGACAUGCGGAAAUUGGCACGAUUUUACAAGAAUUACGACGAGAUGAGAUCAUGGAACAUAUAGCUCCUGUGGAAAAAUCAUCCUCCAUUGGUGAUGGUGUAGCCCUGUCGUCCGAAGUCAUGUCGGUGGUGCGCAAGCGAUGUGGUCAAGUGCUUAGUCAAAACAGUAUUUUGAAGCAUGAUGCCUUCCCUGGUUGCCAAAAGAUGAAUCUCACGGAAAAAAUCGAAGGUGCUUAUAACUAUCGACGUGUCCAAGUCAAAACAGUCAAGCGAGCGGUCCGACAAGAACACAAUGUGAUAGAAGCCAUCGAGGGUGGAUUGGCGGCGGAUUUGAAACGAUCAGAGGAUGAGAUCUUGGUGCCUCCUUUUAUUUGUGGUUGUGCUAUGCCUUCCAAGGAUGCCAUCAAAGCUGUCCUGGUGGCUAUGGAUGCUGGACCCGGUGGUAAACGUAAGGUACUUUGGACUUGUUUGCGAGAAGAACCUGUGCUCUAUGUUAAUAAUCAACCCUAUGUCCUCCGGUUAUUUGCUAAUCCAUUGAAGAAUUUGGAAACAACUGGGAUUGCAAGGAGUCGUGUGGAAGGGAUGGAAAAUCGAAUGAAAUUGGAUGCUUUGGAUGAACAGAAAGAAUAUGGUGGUCGGCUCUUAUUACAUGAUGAAGAAGUAGAUGAACGUGGUGGAUUCAAUUUAGAGGCCAUUUGGGAAACCGUACCUAGUCAAUGUAUUGAAACUCCUAGUGAAGUUUUCCAAUCCAUUAUAGAUGAAGGAUAUCAAGUCGAUUAUUUACGGAUUCCAAUUACUGAUGAACAAGCACCUAUUCCUGAUGUUUUUGAUCUCUUGAAACAUCGUAUCCUUGAAGCGAAUGUUGGUAAAGAUGUCCUUUUCAAUUGUCAAAUGGGACGAGGACGAACAACGACAGGCAUGGUAGCGGCAUGUUUAAUUUCAAUGAUUUUGAACAAUAACAAUUGUAUGGUGGAUGGCGAUCAUUUACUGAACGAUACAAGCAAGCCUGAAGGAUUACAAGAUGAUCGUUUGUUUGAUACAGAUCGGGACGAACAAUCGGAAGAGCGAGAAGGAUAUUUGAACGGGGAAUACAAGAUCAUCCUCCAGGUGGUGAGUGUGCUGACGUAUGGCAAGCUGGCCAAGCGAUUGACAGAUGAAGCGAUCAACAUGUGUGACCAUAUGCAGAACCUACGACGUGCGAUUUAUGAUUAUCGAUUACGUCUGGACUCGUUGAUGGACAACUCGAAGAAAUAUACCAUGACGCGUGAAGUCGGACUCAAUUAUCUGGUGCGUUACUUUUAUCUGAUCGUGUUUGCCGAUUAUCUGUUGGAAGAAAUGCUUUCCCCUUCUUGUGCCUGGCAUCUUCACCACUCCACCCGUCAGCAAGAACAAGAAAUCGUUACUGAGGAUCAAGCUCAACAUCUGACCACAUUCAAGUCUUGGUUGGCUGGACGACGUGAAAUCACAAACAUCAUUCGAUUCCAAUCUUUUGAUCUUUCCUAGUUUAUUUUAUAUGUAUUUUCAAUAUUUUUUUUUCUUGUUAUCAUAAAAAAAAAUAAAAAUCAUCGUCAUUCUUUUAUUGUUCAAA